AUGAUACAGGAGGAGCAGGCUGUCCAUCUUCUGCAAACACACGUUGACCCGAACCAGAUGACCUUGAUUCUCGCGGAUAUGGUACGCGACGGAUUCCAGGGAUCGAAAGAGCCAUUUGUCUCAUCGAUUCUCGAAUUAUGGCGUACGUGGCAAAUAAAGUAUCUCAAGGAAAAGGCCAAAAUCGCGAUAGAUGAGGGAGCUUUCCUUUUGGGCUGCAUCGAUGAAACCAAAACUCUGAAAGGAUACUUCCGCAGUUCACGGCCAGGACAAGACGCAACAUACGAGGAGAGCGUGGCAUGUCUACCUGAAAUAUUCGUUCAAGUAUGGCGACAUAGUGAAGGUAAAUAUGUUAUCAUUGAGGGUGUUUGCAUUCUUGCUCGAAAUCCGUCUCUUCACCCGGGUGAUAUACGUGUUGUCAAGGCAGUCAAUGCGCCUUCGCUACAUCACCUUAGGGACGUUGUUGUCCUCCCACAAACUGGGGAUCGAGACAUCUCAAGCAUGUGUUCCGGGGGUGAUCUGGAUGGUGAUGACUACGUUGUGAUCUGGGACCAGGAUAUAUUACCGACGGACUGGUUUCAUAACCCAAUGGACUAUGCCGCACCGAAGCCUGAAGUUCUAGAUCGUGACGUCACUGUUGACGAUAUCACCAAGUUCUAUGUAAACUAUAUGCAGAACGACCGUCUUCCACAAAUUGCUCUUGCGCACCUGGCCUUGGCAGAUUAUAUGGAAGAGGGAGUUAAGAACGAGAAAUGCCUUCAACUCGCUGCCUUGCAUUCCGCAGCGGUUGAUUACAAUAAAUCAGGAAUACCAGUUAAACUGACGCGAGAUUUGAAACCAAGGAGGUGGCCUCACUUCAUGGAGAGGAAAAUGAGAAACAAAUACGCGGACUUUGCAACUAACCUCAAAACACAAUACGAUGCGGAUAUGCGGCGGAUCAUGGCCCAACAUGAAAUCAAGACCGAACUCGAAGUGUGGUCAACGUUUGUAUUAAGUCAUUCGGAAAUGACUAAAGAUUACAAAUUCCAUGAAGACAUUGGUCGCAUAUCAUCCUCCCUACGAGAGAAGUUCCGCAUUAUGUGCUACGAAAAAGUAGGGGGAAAGGAGUUUGAGCAUCUUGCGCCACUUGCCGUUGCGAUGUAUAAAGUGACCAGUGAACAGUGGGAGAUAGCUGUGGCUGCACACCACGAUGUUUUCGUUGAUAAUUCACAUUUUCAGGAGAGAAAGCUGCCCCUUAUCAGUUUUCCUUGGAUACUCCAGCCAAUUCUUGGUAGGAUCGCAAAUGAGUCUUUUGAAAAUCCAGUGACUCGCAGAGGGUGCCCCACCCACAUACAGGUUGAGAUUCCUCGUGGGUCCAAACCCAAAAAAAUCAUGGCCAGUCUUCUCUCCCCAGAUGUUGAAACUUCAGACGGCGUGAAGCAUGCUGGCAAUGUCUUGCAGCUCUUCGAAGACUCCAAACAGGACCCGAUUGACCGUCUAUGUAUAAUGUUUGACGAGACGGCAUCCUCGGUCCACCAGACAGAAAAUAUUACCCCAUCGUUUAAUGGAACGAAGGGUGAAAUCACAGAUUUGUUUUUCGAGGUUAACGACGACGUCAGCACUCCGUCUAUUUCUCUGCCUUAUCCAAAUAUUCAAGGCAAAAUUACCAUCCCAGCACGGGAGCCAAUCAUUCAGCACAUUACUUCGCCCGCUCUUUCCACUCACUCAAAUAGUUUAGACAUUAGAUCACGUCCGCAAAAGUAUUUCGCAAAUCCCACCUUGCCAGCUAUCCAGCGUGAAGCGCAUGCCUUGAAACUAGGAGAUGCGCAUGCGAAAAAAUUUCAUAUAGCCAAAGCAGCAGGUGAUUUGGCUUUGGAGGCCGGGAGUCAGGAAGAAGGAGAAGAGGAAGAAAUUAUCGACUUUGGGAAUAAUCUGCAGCCUUCAGCGCUGGACGAACUUAUGCAACUUAUCGGGAUGGACUGA